AUGCGGAUACUAUUCGGCAGGAAGGAAACCGAAGAAGAACCAAGUCCAAUGCCCAUCAACGUAGAGCAUUUGAUAAACCUUCAAAAAGCUUCUUUCGCUAACAUACAAUUAUUUGAUUUCGCAUCAUUCAGAGCUCCAGAACAGCUUAGAACCCUACAUAUUGAGGCGUGCCAAAUGCUCGGAGACUGGAGGUAUGUAGCUCAGCUUCCCAAGUUGAGAAGCUUGCACGUCGCCACUGAACUAGGUGUCACGAAUAUAAUGGCAGAGUUCCCCACAUCGUUAACGGACUUGCUGGUUCACACGAGAACCGAAUUCAUUGCCGAAAUCUUUAAUUUGCCACCCAGGCUUGAGCUAUUGUCUUUGCAGUAUGUUAUUCUUCCAAUUUCAUAUGAGGAACUACCAUUUCCAGAUACCCUCAAGAAUUUACAUCUACGGUUGUCCAAUGACAAUGAUAUAUUGCAAAAUUUAAAUCUACCACAACUAGAUAAACUUCAUCUAGAAGCAACUGUUCUGGAUUUGAGAAUCCUACCGAGAUCUUUAUCUCAGUUUUGCUAUAAGGACUGUGUUUUUACCCCAUUACUUAACAGUGACUUACAAGACUAUACCAAUUUGACUUCGCUUUCAGUGAAUGGCCUUAAGCUUGCAACACUAGAUUUCAAAUUGCCCCCAAAUCUUCAAUAUUUGGACUUGAGAGACAAUUGCUUAUCAAAAAUUGAAUUAGAUUGUUGCAAGUUGCUAAAGUUGUAUGCGUGCAGGAAUAAGUUAUCCCAUCUCAAUAAAAGCAGCAUAAGAUUGCCAGAGGGUCUAGUUGAAUUGCAAUUGAACGAGCUUAAGUUGAUCAAGGAAGAUGAGAAGGGUUGUCUUUCAGAUCCAAAGUACUCGUCGGUAUAUGAACCUUGCUUGCCAGUAUCAUUGGAGACUUUAUCUAUAACAAAUCUGAAUAUUACCGAUGUCAUAUUGAACAAACUUGAAUUAUCAAAAUUAUCGAAGUUAAAAGAGCUUUGUUUGCAUGCAAACAAUAUCCUGUUACUCUCUUCGGCAGAGUUUCCCAAGUCGUUAGUUUCGCUUGAUAUUUCCAGUAAUCAGAUUGAAAGAAUCACAGAAGGUAACUUUUCAGACUUUAGAUCUUUGAGAGGAAUUGAUAUAAACAGAAACCCCACACUUGGAGAGGGAUUAGUCGAAAGACCUAUUGUUUUUCCUCACUCAUUGGAAUAUCUAAAUUUGUCAGCUUGUUGGAUGCCAAUCAAAGCCGUACAGAACCUAAUCGUGAAUGAUUGCAAAAAUUUAAGGUGGGCAUUUCUUGUAUUAACGAAGCCUAUUCCCGACUUAUUGAGUUUCCUUGAUGCUGUACAAAAACAUUGCCCAUUGAUUUCUUCUGUACAUGUUGACCAAUGGAAUCAAACUCCUUUCAAGUCCAUGAACUUUAAGUUUUUAGAUACUACAUAUGAUUUUACCCGGUUUCACACAUUACUGAGCAAUGUGAUGACACCGCGUCAGGCGAAUGCUGGUUUGAUUCUAGAAAUAUUAUAG